AUGGCGGUAGACUGUAAUGAAUAUCUUCGAAACAUCAGCCAACGAUUCGACCAGUUCAACCAGGGACCUCCCAUGCUGCAACAUCAUUUUAUAGAACAACAAAUCUUUCUACAACGACAACAACAACAACAGCAACAACAACAACAACAUUACAUCAACAGUUUCGCAAACUCGUCAACAGAAUUGCAAUAUUUUUUCAACGAUACUUUCAACAACACCUUAUUCGCGCCACAGUCACCAUCAUCGUCUCUACAAUCAUCAUUUCCAACAUCAUCUUCACCAUCAUCAUUCUUAUCACCAUCAUCACUCUUAUCACCAUCAUCAUUCUUAUCAUCCUCAUCAUUCUUGUCAUUUUCACCAUCACCACUGACACCGAUUCCAACGAAACCACGUUUGCCCGACAUAUUCAAUUUGGUUGCCAUCUGUCUGUGUUUAUUCGGAGUAGCAGGGAAUGUGCUGAACAUCUUCGUCUUAACCAGGAAACAGAUCCUGAAUUGUAUGGAUAGCAUGGAAAAGAGUGUGAACGUUGGUUUGGUGUCGCUAGCCACCAGCGAUCUGCUGUUCUGCUUGGUUUAUUUCAUCGGCUGCUGUGUGACGACUGAAUCAGUUUAUAUGCCCUGGGAAUGGAAGUUAAGUCUGUAUUUCAAUAAUUAUCAGGAGGGCAUCUUGAACGUCCUGCAGCUAACGAGCACGUGGCUAACGGUCAACAUGGCCGUCGGGAGGUACUUCGCCAUCUGCAGACCCCUACACGCCAGGGGGUACAUCAGUCUGAAGGGAACGAGAAUAGCAGUGGUAUGCAUCCUUCUAGGCUCGACCCUCGUCAACCUCCCCCGCUUUUUCUACUACCACAACAGUCAGGUGCCCUGCGAAAUUUUCCUCGAUACGAGUUUCGACCCCCUUGACUUUGCAUUUCUCAACCCCGAGGACCCGGGUUCGAAUACAACUUCGGCCGGUCUUUAUCACUUUGGUAACGGCGAUAUAAAUCGUUACGUGGGUUAUGGUAGUGAUACUAAUGGAAGUAGUAGUGAUCCUAUUAGUGGUGAUAAGAUUCGUAUCGGUAUUGCAGAUGAUGAUGCGAAUGAUGAUAAGAAACCGAAUAUAAUAAGUGAUUUGGCUGGAUAUAGAGGUGAUAACAUUAAAGAUGACAUCAAUGAUGGUAAUCAUGCUGAUGGUGAUGAUAGCAGAUUAAAGAGACAUGCACCGCCAAUUAAAUCUUCCUGGUCGGCCAACUUUGAUUUACAGUGCCUAACUAUGGCCUAG